AUGAAGCGGCCUCGGUCAACCCGUGCUUCUCAGGCGGUCGAUCCACAAGCAGAAAUGGCUUCAUGGUCGACAAGUAUUGAAAAGAAGGAUGUCAAUAUUUGUCACGAAGAGGGUUCUAGUCAAGAUGUCGGUGACUUAUCUGCUAGUAUCAAGAAGUUCUUCAUCUCGACCGACUUCUCCGGCCUAACUAUAUGCACAGCAGAUCAAGAAUUCAAAGUCCAUCGACUGUUUGUCUGUGGACAGUCUGUUUAUUUCUCUCGGUUGUUCAAGGGAAACUGGACGGAAUCCGUCGACAACACGAUUCAACUCAAGAGCGAUGAUCCGCGUGCUGUAGAGGCAAUGGUCCAUUUCAUGUAUGGAUUCGAGUACGACAGCAGCGGUAGCAACCUUGGUCGCGUUUCACCCAUGCUAUUCAAUAUCAAUGUAUAUCAAGUUGCCGACAAGUUUGGGGUUCCACAGCUCAAGCAGAAGGCCAAAAACAAGUUCGAAGCCAUCUCGGAGGCAUACCAGCGUACCCACAAAGAAGACAGAGGCCUCCGCGAUAUCCUUGUGCGCAUUUCCCAUGAACAUCUUGAAUGGCCGCUGGAAAAUGAAGAUUUUCGGACGGUACUCGAAGAGACUCUAGGCUUCGCAGCCGACCUGGUUAAGCAUUCAACGGUGAAGGAACGGGGCUGGGGAAAGCAAUGUUCUGACUAG